UGCUGGGCAGGUGCAAGGGGCUGAGUGAGAGCGGCUCGCUGGCCGAGCUUGCAGCUGCGGUGGACGUGAUCCAGAGCAGCAGCUCGGCCGUGGGGCUGCGCUUAGCUGGGCUCAAGCACAUCGUGGAGAUGCUGGAGGAGGAGCCCAAGUCGGAGCAGCAAGUCGGCGCAGCCCAGGGCGGGCUGGGCCCCGGGAGUGCCGGGGAGAAGCUGGUGCAGGUGGCCGUGCAGCUGCUGAGCACGGAGGCGGCAGAGAAGGCGCUGGUGGCGGUGACGCUGCGGCUGCUGGCCGUGCUGCUGGCCCGCCACGAGUGGCGAGUGCCCUUUGCCACGGAGGGCGGCGUGCGGGCCGUGCUGGCGUGCAUGCAGCAGCACGGCUGCUCCGGCCUGGUGCAGCAGGCCGGGCUGGCGGCCCUGAAGGUGCUGGUGGGAGCUGCGGACGGUGCUGCCGGUGGGAAGUGCUUGCCCUGGAACCACGGCGAUGCACAGAUGAUGCGGGAGAUCUUUGCCAGCAUCGGCUCUGCCUCCAGCGAGGGCUCUGCCAGCCUGCUGAGUAGCAUCCCUGCUGCCCUGAGCACCAUGCAGAGGGUGCCAGGGGGCUCCUCAGGGCUGCAGAACGGCCUGCUGGUGGUGAACAUGCUGAUGGAUGGGCACCGGGGCCUGGCGGAGCAGCUGGCGAGCUGCGAUCUGCUGGCGGUGCUGCAGAGCUGCUGGAGGGACGGGCAGAGCAGCGGCUGUCCCCAGGCAGUGCUGGCCCUCAGCGCCAUCAAUCGCCUGGCAGAGCACCUGGGCCCGGAGGCAGCAGGCAGAGAGGUCCUGUUGGACCCGAAGGGCGUGCAGAGGCUGCUGGGUGGCCUGGACGACGGCGUCUUGUCCAAGGAGGUGGUGGUGGCCCUGGAGCGGCAGCUCUGCAGCGAAGGGCCUGUUCCCUCUGGCCAGGGGGCCCAGCUGCUGCAGGACCACAGCUGCUUCCAGCUGUUGCUGCGCAGCUUGGAGCUGCUGGGGACAGAGAAGGCCGUGAGCCUGAGCAUCCUCAGGAUCCUGAACAAGUUCCUGGACAGUUAUCAGGAGGAUGUGCUGCCCUGGCAUGAGUGUGUGGAGCCCUGUGUGUCCUUCCUGAGCAGCCACAGCAGCAGCUGGGAGGUGCUGCAGGAGGUUGUUGGCUUCCUGCACCGGCUGGGCAGUGCCAGCAAGGACUGUGUGGUGGUGAUGUGCCACGUGGGCACCCACGAGGUUCUGUCCAAAGCCCUGGAGAAGCACAGCACAGUCCCAUCGCUGGCGCCGGCCCUGCUCGACCUGGUGACGGAGUGUGAGAAGUAUGCCAGGCUCUACAAGAAGCUGACGAGCAGCAUCUUGGCUGGCUGCAUCCAGCUGGUGCUGGGACAGAUUGAGGAGCACCGCCGGAGCCACCAGCCCAUCAGCAUCCCCUUCUUUGAUGUCUUCCUGCACAACCUGUGCCGAGGCUCCAGCAUGGAGGUGAAAGAGGACAAGUGCUGGGAGAAGGUGCAGGUCUCUUCCAACUCACACCAGGCCAGCAAGCUCACGGACAGGAACCCCAAGACCUACUGGGAGUCCAACGGCAGCACCGGCUCCCACUUCAUCACUGUGCACAUGCAGUGUGGGGUGGUGAUCAGGGAGCUGAGCAUGCUGGUGGCCAGCGAGGACUCGAGCUACAUGCCAUCCCGGGUGGUGGUGCUGGGCGGGGACAGCCCUGCCACCAUCAGGACGGAGCUCAAUGCGGUGACCAUCCUGCCCUCGGACAGCAGAGUGAUCCUGCUGGAGAACAUGAGUCGCUUCUGGCCCAUCAUCCAGAUCCGGGUGAAGCGGUGCCAGCAGGGUGGCAUCGACACCCGUGUGCGUGGCAUCGAGGUGCUGGGUCCCAAGCCCACUUUCUGGCCCAUCUUCAAGGAGCAGCUGUGCCGGCGGACGUUCCUCUCCUGCACUGCUCGGGCUCAUGCCUGGAGCCAGGAGAUCUGCCGAGACCGGGGGCAGCUGCUGCAGCUCUUUGGCAGACUGAACCGGGCGCUGCAGCACGAGCAGGGCUUUGCCAACCGCUUCCUUCCCGACGACGAGGCAGCCCGGGCACUGGGCAGGACGUUCUGGGAGGCCCUGGUGAACCCCUUGGUGCAGAGCAUCACCAGCCCAGACCCUGAUGGUGUCAGUCCCCUGGCCUGGCUGCUGAGCGAGUACCUGGAGAGCGUGGAGCUGCCCCGCCGUGCCACGGGACACAGAGCUACCUUUGGAUCCUGCGUGCGGCGCCUGACCCAGCUCCUGGUGCACGUGGACCCCGGAGGCCCCGAGGCAGAGGAGACCAGAGCAGCUGGUGGGAAGGAGGGGAAGAACAAGGAGGUGCUGGCCAGGACUGCAAAGGCUGUGGUGGAGAAGUCGAGAGGCCUGUGGGGAAUCUCACAGUGCUGGCGUGGCGUGGUGCAGCAGCAGGUGCAGCAGUUCCUGGAGGCGGCGGGGGAGGGGCCCGACCUUGCGGAGCGGUACUGCCGGCUGUACCAGCGCCUGCGUGGGGCCACAGAGGAGCUCUUUGGGCAGCAGGCUGCCUUUGUGCUGGCCCUGGGCCAGGGCUUUGCAGGGGCUUUGCUGCAGCUCUCCUUCCUGACUGCCCUGCACGUGAGUGAGCAGUUUGCCCGCUACCUUGACGUGCAGAUCCAGGAGCUCCGCAGGGCUGCGGGCAGCACGGGGCCUCUGGAGCGGCUGCAGCAGUUCUUGGAGCCCUUUGUCGUCUUCAGUGGCCUGGAGCUUGCCCACAGCUUUGAACACUUCUACAGGCUCUACCUGGGGGACCGGCUCCUGACGCAAGGGCCGUCUUGGCUGGAAGGAGGCAUCGUGGAGCAGAUAGGGCUGUGCUUCCCCAGCCGCUUUCCCCAAGAUAUGCUGAGCAACUUGGCCCAGUCGGAGGAGCUCCAGCGGCAGUUCUGCCUCUUCCAGCUGCAGGAGCAGGAUAAGCGGCUGCUGGAGCUGGACACGGGCCUGGACGAGGUGCUGGGAAGAGCCUCAGUGGCAGAUGUGCCAGAGGUGAAGGUGCUGGCCCUGUCCCCGCGCUGCUGGCCUGUUUCCCCGCUCUGUUACAUGGAUAACCCUGCGAGGUUUUUCCCGGCGGAGCUGAGCUCCCCACUGGAUGAGUUUGCUGACUUCUGCCGGCAGAGCCAGAGCCAGCUGGGCUGGGAGUGCACAAAGCCCCGUCGGCUGCAGUGGACGUGGCUGGGCCACGCCGAGCUGCAGUUUGGAGACUGCGUUCUGCACGUGUCCACACUACAGAUGUACAUCCUGCUGUGCUUCAACAGCGCCCAGGAGGUGGCUGUGGAGGCCCUGCUGCAGGCUACAGGGCUUCCUGCUGACCUGGUGCACCACGCACUGACACCACUGACCCACGGCCAGGGUGUCCUGGUGGGGAGCUGCACUCUGGGGGGUGCGCUGCGGCUGAACCAGGCAGCCCUGGCCCAGAGCUCCGGCCGCCAGCUGAGGCUGCUGCCCCAGCAGAGGUACCUGCGGACAGAGAGGGCCGAGGUGAGCGCCCUGGAAAGGAAGAGGAAUGUCCUGUGCUGCCUCAUCACCCGCAUCCUCAAGCUGGAGAAGCAGCUGCACAUCGACAAUCUGGUGUUCAGGGUGAUCGAUGCCUGUCAAAAGGGCGAGCUGGGGCCAGGGGUGCAGUUCCUGAGCUUCUGCUGCCACAGCGUGGACGUGCUGUCCUGCAUCCUGCACCUGCUGAACCAGGGCUAUCUCCGGCGCCAGGAGGGGAGGCCUCAUGUCUUGGAAUACAUCUCUGCUGAAGCCACAACGCUCCCCACUUCUCAGGUCCAGCCACAGGUUGCCUUCCAGACUGUAGAGAUCAAGACAGCAGUAAACCUUGGCUCUGCUGAAAGGAGACAGACUUUUUCCACAUUCAGGUAGAUGAGGACUUGGCUGGGAGGACUAGGGCUGAAUCCAGU